AUGGAGAGCUCCACUUUUUCCAAUACCGAGGACGAUGUUUUCCUGGUGCCCCAGGACGGCGUAAUCGCAAGCAAACCCAACCGUAUCCGUUUCCCUCCAGAUGAUUCUGCGUCGCCGCGGCAUGGCCGACGCUCGCCAGAAGUCAGCUCCAAGUCGUAUGGUAUCCCACCCAUUCGCAGGGGGUCUCCUUUGAAUCCUCAGAAGGUUAAUUCCCCACUGGAUGCCCGACGCCGGACACGGCCAGCGGAUGUGUCUUCUCCUUCCCUGGAUUCUCCCCCUCGGCAACGAAGGAACUUAAAUGCUGGGAUGACGGAGCCAAAUCGCGACUCGAAGCUACCGAGCCCGCAAGUUAAAUUAGAUCCUGGACAUGGAGGAAUGGGAGCCUUUUCCGAUGAGUAUGACCUUUAUCCUAGAAUCCUUCAGGAUGUUCAACGCGCAUUAAAACUCAAGGCUCGCCGCGAGGCCCGUCUGAAAACGGAAAGCAGGAUUUCUUCGCUCGAUUCUAGUCCACCUGCUUUGAAUGGCGAUUCCCCUGCUUCCCGUGUAACUCAAUCGUCACCAAGUCGAAAUUUACAUCUGCUCUCUCCUCCUUCCUCUCCUGCUCCGCUGUGGAAGGCCAACGCCAGUAGUGACCUUGAUUUCAGUCCUUCAACCGGCCUUUCGAAUGAACAGACCCACCACCACCCAAUCCCAACAUCAUCUGACAAUGGGAUGACCCUUGACUGGUCGGUUUCCUCCCUUGAGGACGACAAGUCUGAGAGGCGCUGGUCAUUAACAAGAGGAAAACGCAAGGAAAGGGACAAGAUGGAUCCCUUGGGUGUGGUGGCUAACCAGCAACAACAAAUGCACGAAGAGAAACUCAAGAGAAUACAAACCAUAGCUGCUUCACAGACAUCUCGAAAAGCCGCCAUAACGAAAGAUCAGCUUGGAAGACGCUACAAACUUCUCUAUGAUGGACUGUCGGCGCAAUCGUCGCCAUUCAGUUUGGCAAAAAUCGCGCGGUGGUACGGGUCUCAAGACGAGGUUAUGAUGGACACACUUUGUCUUGCUGAGCCUUUCACCUGGCUGAAACACCUAGAAAAGCAAGGAACCAGGUCGAUUCGUUCCCCACGGCAUUUAUCGGCGCUGAUAAUGGAAGAAUAUUAUCAUUCCAAGAAUCAACGAAACAUGACGGUGAUUGUCCCAGAAGAUGAUGCCUUACUAGAACCGACUGAAAUUCCUCGUGUUGCUGCCUCCGCUUCACCUCGGAAAUCGACUCCUUCGGAGUCUGACCCACGAGUGUCUUUUAAACCUCUCAAUAAUCUAUCCCAGGACUCGCCCGAUGUCUCUGCCGUCAGGAGCGUACCCGAAUCAAAGUCUGAUAGUGAAAUACAGUCGCCGUCAAGAGCUCAAACCCGCUUCAAGUUAAAGGGUGCUGAAAAUGACCAUAUCUCGAGUUACGAGUCCUCGAAUGACGGCAGUUCGAAGAAGCCAGAACAAGUUGAUGCUAGGCGUGCUCCAGUUGCUCCAGAGAUCAAAUUUGUGACUACGCAAGACCCAUCUCCUCAAAGCUCGGUUCCGUUACAGAUCGCUGUAUCGACUUCAAGCGGGGGUUCGUAUGACGAUCAGCAACAGCCUAGCUUUCAGAAGUCACGGGGUUACCGCUCCUUGACUUCAUUAAAGCAAGGAAUGGGAUCGCGUCGAGCGCCUGUUUCGUUCCCAUUUCCUGAUCAACGUCCGUUUAGGCGUAGAAACCGAAAAGAAGAAAACGAAGCUUUGGUUCAACGUGAGUACGAGGUAAAAGCUGCGCUGCUUGAAGAGGCCACCGCCCACAACUACAGAAUUAGGCAAUUAUUAAAUCGUGUUUCGGCGUCAGUAAAGGAAUACGAGUCAAUCCAAUCCAGUGCCACAAGAGCCUCUUUAUCUUACGAGAACCUUCCCAAGGAACUUCUGGACUCCUUUGGUCACGAUCCUGCUGCAGUAACUGGGGCAACGCGUCGCCUUCGCGGGUGGAGAGCUGUGGAGGACAUCCAACAGCGUUUGCAGCGCCAGCGCGAAGUUUUCCAGGCUUUCAUAUCGCAUUCAAGAGAACGUCCUGUGCCUUCGCAUUGUGCGCUGGGCGAUUCAAUCUUGCAUCUCACGCAAACUCUUGAAGUUCUUGAAUCCCAUAAGAAGUCGAUUGCUUCCACAGCGCAACGUGUCACUGAUUUACUUGAAUCUGUGCAAGAGGUUCACGUAGAGGUCAAAGCUGAUUAUUACGAUACUGUUUCUCAUACCUCGGUAUUGUAUCCUGAGCUGUCCCACAUCGUUGCUUUGGAAGAAAGCUACAAAGAUCAAUACCAACAGUUCUGGGACUUUGGUAUGGAUGCUCUGACCUUGUUGCUGGACACUGUCACUCCAUUUUGGAGAACCUACGGCAAAACGAUAGGGGAAGAUGUUCGCGACUUUCUCAUUAUACCCCUCUAUCGCAAUGAAUUCACAGGUGAAGCCAGGCGAUAUCGAAUCAAGGAAUUUCCCAAAAGAUCUGUUCGCCACUGGCUUGGUCUAGCAAUGUUUUUAAUGUUGUCCAUUGCUGUCAACAUCCUCCAAGUCCGCGGAGCCAUUUCGUCUUCCUUGCACUUUCGCCUUCGCUGGAUACCUUAUGACAGUGUUAGAUGGACGGCCUUGCCCUUUUUUUGGAUUGGGAUCCUCAUCCAGUGGUUUGCCGUCGUCAUUGAAUUUACAAUCGUCUUCAUGCAACUAGGUGUCAUUGUGUGGUGGACAGGCUGGUCAGUUAACAUUUCCACAUAA